AUGGCUGCCUCCAACUCUUCCUACUUGGCUGCCAAGAGCUUGGCUUGGGCUAGUGGCUCCCUCGCUGCUGCUGGUCGAGCCAGGCCCACACUGCGUCCCAACUCGCAACUUGACGUCCUUCAGAUCUUCGUCCCUGGUUUGCAUCGCCCCCUCGCUGGCUUCUCCACCGCCAUUACAAAGCACUACCACCAAAGACGCAAGGUAGAAGAGACCCAAGCUCUCAUUCGACGCAGAUUCCUUCGCUACCAGUCAACACAAACUCGACAGCGCUCCUCAACAUCAUCCUCCAACGACCACAGCCACCCGCCUCCAGGCACAUUGUCUAAAGAUGCCAAGGCUGCUUCCUCCUUGUCAUAUCAGGGCCAGUCGGCCCCUGCCUCACCCAAGGCGCCUGUCACCGUCAACCCUCUUCCUGUCUCGUCCAACACCGCUGCUGAGCUCGGUUCUCCUGCCAACCAGACCGCUGCCUCGCAGACUAUGCCUGCAGAGCAGAAGGCCAAAGAAAAGGAGCUCCAAGCCAAGAAGCCCAAAGGUCCUCUCCUGACUCGUGUCUGGGCCAAAGUCAAGGAAGAAGCUCUCCACUACUGGCACGGCUCCAAGCUUCUCGGCAAAGAGGUUCGCAUCUCCUGGCGAUUACUGCGUAGACUCAUGCUCGGAUACAGCUUGACGCGCCGAGAGAAGCGUCAACUCCGUCGAACGUUUGCCGAUUUGUUGCGUCUCAUCCCCUUCAUUCCCUUCAUCAUCAUCCCCGCCGGUGAGCUUUUGCUUCCCGUCGCCAUCAAAAUCUUCCCUAACAUGCUUCCGAGUACCUUUGAAAGCAAGUUUUCCGUUCAAGAGAAGCGUCGUGGUCUCAUCAAGGUCCGUCUCGAGAUGGCCAAGUUCCUCCAAGAAACUAUCAAGGAGGGAGGCCUUCAAGCCACAGACAAGGUCAAGACUUCCAAAGAAUUCAAAGAGUUCUUCCGCAAGGUUCGAUCCACUGGCGAAUCACCUAGCAACGAAGACAUCAUCAAGGUCGCUCAGCUCUUUGAAGAUGAUUUGACAUUGGACAACUUGACGCGUCCUCAAUUGGUUAGUGUCUGUCGAUACAUGCAGAUCAACGCCUUCGGUACGGAUAACUACCUGCGCUACCAGAUCAGGCAUAAACUCAAUCGCAUUCGCCAGGACGACAUUGUCAUCUCCCACGAAGGUGUUGAUAACAUGUCACACUCUGAACUCGUCAGUGCUUGUCAGAACAGGGGUAUUCAGACCGACAACCUGUCCGAGGAUCGAUUGCGACAGGAGCUGCAACAGUGGAUUGACUUGCACCUAAAAAACAAGGUCAGCGGUACACUCUUGGUCCUUAGCAAGGCAUUCAACUACGUCGCCGCGGGCAACAACGACGACAACGCUCAGUCGCAUCUGCGUAGCUUGGAGCUGACCUUGAGCAGCUUGCCAGACAACCUUGUCAACGAGACAGAGCUUAGUGUCAACAGCGAAGGUGCUACCAACAAGCAACGCCUUGAGGUCUUGCAACAGCAGGAAGAGCUCAUCGAAGACGAAGCUGAGCAGGAGCAGGAGGAGGCAGCUGCUCGCGAAGCCGACAAGGAGCGCCGCAAUGCUGAGAAGGCACAUUUCGCACGUGAAGAGGAGGAAGCUCGCUCCUUGUUGCCCAAGAAGGAGACCGAUCCUGCCUUGGAGGACGCUAGGAUGACCAACGAGCAGCUCACUGAGCUUGGCGAAGCGCUUAGCAUCCUUUCCGCAAAGUCUUCGGUGCUCAAGGAGCGGGAAGAGCUCGCCCAGCUCAUCAAGGAGGUCUCCAGUUCCGAAACUUGCCCACCUACCGAAGAAGGCCAAGCUGCGGAAAAGAAACCCGAUGCAGAGACCUCCGAGUCUUUCCCCGCAUCCGCAUCCGCUUCCGCUUCCGCAUCCGCAUCUGCAUCUGCAUCCGCCUCGGCACGCAGCAUGACCAAGCGCAUCAAGUCGAUGCUCGAAAAGAUCGACAACCAACUCGAGGAAUACGACCGAGACGUAGGAUCUCGCAUGCACCUCAUCGAGGCUUCCCAUACCGGCAAGAUCUCGGUUGACGAUCUUGAACAAGCUUUGCGUCUCAUCAAGCACAAGCCUGAAGAUGAGGUGAUUGAGAAGAUCGUUGACAAGCUGGAUGUUGAUCAUGAUGGCUUGGUUCCGUUGGACGAUGUGUUGGAGUUGGCUCAAGCCGAAACAGGACUAGGGAUUUUGCGGGAUGAGGGGGUGAAGAAGAUCAAGCAGCAGGGUAAGGAGAUCAGAAGCAACGGUCCUGUCGAAAAGAAGAAGCCGAAGAAGAGCGACAUUGUCGAAGACUAA